AUGCCUCGCCCAGCAAAAAGGAGACAGACUGAUGCUGGUCUCAGCCAGCCCAUCACCCGGUUCACCCGUGUAUCAAAGACAGCCAUUCCCGAAGCCCCAUUGAAGAAGGCUGCACUCUCUGCACCAUCGAAGAAACGCAAGGCAGCACCUGCCGAGAUUGAUGAAAACCCAAGACUGACUCGACGCACCAUCUCCUUCCCCCCCAGCAGCGAUGAGGACGAAGUGAUCGUAUCAAAGCGGGCCUGCCGUCGCGAACAGCAACCAGAGCCCACCCCUGCAACCACUAGACGGAGACCAGCAUCUCGUCCCUCGAAGCCCGUGUCGACCCCCAAGAAGACAAGGCAGACGAAGCUUGACAGCCAUGUCAAGUCCAUCCCCAAGGCUGAGGAGAAGAAUGUUUUCCCGCAACAGCUGGCCGAGCUUGUCGAUCUGCACCGAGCAUUUGUCACGACAUUCAUGCUACAUGUUGCUCACAGCAGAAGCACCGCACCUGUGGAUGUGCGUGCGAUUGCGCCAAAUAUCUCGAUGGCCUGGGGUAAACGCCAAGUCACCGUCGAAGAUAUACAACGCUGCAUCGCCAUACAGUCGUCUGCCAAGUAUGGCUACACCUCACCAUUCAUUGUCUCUGACUACGGCCGGGGAAAGAUCUGCGUGGAGAUUGACUCGCAACAAAAUGCAACCGGAAUUAAUGAAGAUCGCUUGUGCAAACAGUUCGAGGAAAGCCUGCGUCAUAUCUGCACUGAACGAACUGUGGACGAGAUGACUGAUGUUGAUAUCACCUUCGAAAACCUCUCCCUUGCUGAUCUCCCCAAGGCCGCCAUCAAGAACAAGGAUCUCGGUCUCGAUGCCAACCCUAUGCUGGCCAAGGGUCAGCGCACUCUGUCCUCUUUGAAGAGCGACUUGGCAAACAGGGAGCAGGAGAAGCAGGCCAAGCAGGAGGCUCUCUCCAACGCCUCCAUGCUGAACCCAGACGGCUCGAAAAUGAGCCUCCUGGACCGGAUUCGUCUCAAGCAGCUCGUAAAGGGCAACGGGCCUGUGCCGCCGUCUGGCCCCGAGCUUCAACGCCGGGCUGCCCUGAACCGUGUCAUGGAUGUGUCGGCGACUCUCUCCAUGUUGAGUCUCUCCAACCCCGUCUCUUUGCCCAGACAAGCCUUCAGCAUGGCUGCUGUGAUGGACAGACUCAAGGACUCGCUACGGAUGCCCAUCUCGAAGGAGGAAGCAACCACCUGCAUCCGUCUCCUCGCCACCGAAGUCGCCCCUGAAUGGAUCCGUGUUGUGGCUCUCGGAGGACGAGAAAAUGUUGUGCUGCAGCGCAACAUGCAGCCUGUCGACCGAGUCCUGAAUGAACGUGUGCAGAAGUUGCUUGGUUAA